AUGGAGACGAUCGUUGAGAAGGAGUAUGUGUGCAAGUUCUGUAACAAGAAGUUCCCUUCCGGUAAAUCACUCGGAGGUCACAUCAGGAUCCAUACCUCACUUCAUUCGAAUAGUAACAGUGGAAAGAAACCUAAGAAGAAGAACAAGAAGAGGUUGGUGGAUCAGAGAGAGAUCACGGCUCUAAAACAUCAACAGCUCUGUUGCAGGGAAUGUGGUAAAGGUUUUGAUUCUUUGAAAGAUCUUUGGAAUCACAUGGACUGUUGGUACUGCGAGGUAGAGAAGUCUGAUACUGAGACUAGUUCCUCGAGUCCUACAAGGAAAAGAUCCAAGAAGCAGUCAAGUUCAGAGUCUUUUAGCUUUUCUUAUUCUGCUUGUGAGAUUGAGGAAGAACAUAAGAACACUGCUUUGUCUCUGAUGAUGAUGUCUAUGGAUCCUAGAGGACUUACCUUGGUGGUGAAAUCUCUGGUAGCUCAGUUGCCACACAACUCUGAGAUUCUCGAGACCAAGUUAUCUUCAGGGGAGCAGCAGCUAAAGAUGAUCUUCAAUGUUGCCGUCGACGACCAACUAAGGUCUUCUGCUGAUGGUGCAAUCCUCACUGACUCGUAUAGCUCUGACUCUGAUUACUUCAUGAAUGGUCCAAAGAGGUCAGACUCGGAUAUCUCGGUUGAUGGGUGUCUUAGGAACAAUGGUGAUGAUGAUUUUGAGGCCAAGGAGGGAAGGUCACAGUACGAGCUACGCAAUAGCAAAAAUGUGACCUUGCCUUGUAAUGAAACUGACUCUUGUGCAGACACAAACAUGAAGGAAGCUAUCAGUGCAAAGAAGAAUAGCAAAGGUCACGAGUGCCCAAUCUGCUUCAGGGUGUUUAAAUCAGGACCAGCUUUAGGAGGUCACAAGAGAUCACAUUUCAUUGGGAAUCAUGACCACAGGAUCAAACACAAAGUGGCAACUGAUAUGGGAAUCGAGCUCAAUCUUCCUGCUCAUGAAAUUUGAACAAUGAAUCAGUUUUUUUUUU